AUGUGUGCCGCGGAGGUGGACGCUCACGUAGCCCAGAGAUACCUGCUCAAGCGGCGGCUCGGGAAGGGGGCGUACGGCAUUGUGUGGAAGGCAGUGGACCAGAGGACUGGUGAGGUAGUGGCCAUCAAGAAAAUCUUCGAUGCCUUUAGAGAUCAGACAGAUGCCCAGAGAACAUUCCGGGAAAUCAUGCUCCUCCGGGAGUUUGGAGACCACCCCAACAUCAUCCGCCUCCUGGAUGUGAUCCCGGCAGAGAACGACAGGGACAUUUACUUGGUGUUUGAGUUUAUGGACACUGACCUGAAUGCUGUCAUCCGGAAGGGCAGCGUGCUGGAGGACACCCACAAGCGCUUCAUCUUCUACCAGCUCCUGCAGGCCACCAGGUUCCUGCACUCAGGCCACGUCAUCCACCGGGAUCAGAAGCCAUCCAACGUGCUGCUGGAUGCCAACUGCCGGGUGAAGCUCUGCGACUUUGGCCUGGCUCGCUCCUUGAGCAACCUGCCCGAGGGGCCUGAGGGCGGGGCCCUGACCGAGUACGUGGCCACUCGCUGGUAUCGCGCUCCAGAGGUGCUGCUGUCCUCGCCCUGGUACACCCUUGGGGUGGACAUGUGGAGCCUGGGCUGCAUCCUGGGAGAGAUGCUGAAAGGGCAGCCCCUGUUCCCGGGCACCUCCACUGUGCAUCAGCUGGAGCUGAUCCUGGAGACCAUCCCGCCGCCGACUGAGGAGGACCUCCGGGCUCUUGGAGCAGGCUACAGCUGCACCUUGCUGCACCUCCUGGGAUCCCGGCCACAGCAGUCGCUGGAUGACAUCCUGCCACCAGACACCCCCCCAGACGCCCUGGACCUCCUCAGGAAACUUCUGGUGUUUGCCCCCAGCAAGCGGCUCAGCGCAGCCCAGGCCCUGCAGCACCCCUACGUGCGGAGGUUCCACUGCCCCAGCCGUGAGUGGACACAUGAUUCGGAAGUGUGGCUCCCGGAGCUGGAAAGAGACCAGCUCUCUGCCUCCGAGUAUCGCAGCCGCCUCUACCAGGUGCUCGGGCCUCCACCUCGACUGCCCCCUCUCCCCGUGCACCCUGGAGUCCUCCUGACUCGGGGACAACUAGUGCUCCCCCUGCCCACACCACGCACCUCUGAACACCCUCCCCUUCCGCAGAUGAUCCUGGAGAGAAGGGGCCACAGCCAAGCCUUUGGUGCAACCAGGAACGUGCCUAGACCGAGCGCGGCACCCCAGCCCCAACCUCUGCCCCCAGGAAGGUGGGAAAGGUCCCCUAGGACUCAGGCAGAGCCCCCCUGUGCACCUCCAGGGGCCGCAGCCCAGGCCACCAACCAGGCCCUGAUCCGCAGUGACUGGCCCCUGAAUGGUGGGCUGAGGGCAGCUGGUGGGCGACAGGUCUCCCCCCGGCCCACCUGGGAGGUUCUGGAGCCCCGGCCAGGCCGCAGGAUGUUCGGCACCUCAGCCUGGCAGGGGGCCCAGGGAGCUGCCAGGGCUGCGCUUGGGGGCUACUCCCAGGCUUAUGGGACAGUGUGCCGCUCAGCGCUGGACCGCCUGCCCUUGCUUCCUGGACCUCACGCGUGA